AUGGAAGCAAACGUGCCGCAAGAAGAAGGAGCACUGCCUCGCCAAGGCCUGGGCGUCGAUCACGAGUCCCUGCAGCAGCCGCAGAGCGAUCAGAGGAGGAAGGGUGGAUGGAUCACCUUCCCUUUCCUCGGAGCGGCGAUGAUGGGUCUGGGUGUGGCGACGAGCGGCGUGUUGAGCAACCUAGUGGUCUACCUGAUCAAAGAGUACAACGUGCCGAGCGUGGACGCAGCUCAGAUCGCCAACAUCGUCGCCGGCUGCCUCAGCUUGGCCCCUGUGGCCGGAGCCGUCGUCGCCGAUGCCUUCUUCGGCUGCUACCCUAUCGUCGCCAUCUCCAUGGCCUUCUCCGUCCUGUCCUCGGUUGUCUUCACCCUCACGGCAAGCCUGAGCGGCCUCCGCCCAGCGCCUUGCCAUCUCGGCGCCGGCCCCUGCGAGCCGGCAUCGGCCGGGCAGAUGGCUGCGUUGUACGCCGGCGUGUUCCUGAUGUGCGUGAGCGCCGCAGGCUCGCGGUUCAACCAGGCGACCAUGGGCGCCGACCAGUUCGACUCCGCCGCCGACCGGGACGUGCUCUUCAACUGGUUCUUCGUCUUCUUGUACGCAUCCUCCGUGCUCGCGUCAACGGUCAUCGUCUACGUCCAGGACACGGUGUCGUGGACGCUGGGGUUCGGCAUCUCCGCUGCCGCCAGCGUGGUCGGCCUCGUGGCGCUGCUCCUCGGCACGCGGUACUACCGCCGGUCGGCCGUGCGGGGCAGCCCGUUCACGGGGCUCGCUCGGGUGGCCGUCGCCGCCGUCAGGAAGUGGAAGGUCAACGUGCCGACGUCUGGGGAGUUGAAGUUUUACCACGGCCGACCACGGCGAGGUGACGGCGAGGACAAAGCUGGCAAUAGUGACACUGACCUUGCACCAAGCGACAGUUUUAGUUUCCUGAACCGCGCCGCACUGAUCACGGACGGUGACACCAUAGCUGCCGCGGACGGGUCGACGGUGAUCCGGCCGUGGCGUGUGUGCACGGUGCAGCAAGUGGAGGACCUGAAGACGGUGCUCCGCAUCCUGCCGCUCUGGAGCGCCGCCAUCUUUCUAAGCGUGGCCAUCGGCGUGCAGAUCAACUUCACCAUCCUGCAGGCACUCGUCAUGGACCGCGCUGUGGGCCGCUUCGUCAUACCGGCGGGCUCCAUGAUCGUUGGCACCCUCAUCGCCGUCGUUGUCUCCCUCGGCCUCCUUGACCGUGUUCUCCUCCCUCUGUGGCGGCGCCUCGUAAGGCACGACCCGACGCCACUGCAGCGCAUCGGCGCGGGCCACGUGAUCACCGUCGUCAGCAUGGCCGCGUCCGCCGUCAUCGAGCGCCGGCGCGUGGCCACCGUGCACGCGCGCGGCGAUGAGGGCAACCCAGCGUGGGUGUCGCCGCUGUCGGCCAUGUGGCUGCUCCUGCCGUUUGCUCUGUCAGGGUUCGGUGAGGCUCUGCACUUCCCCGGGCAGGUGACGUUGUACUACCAGGAGUUUCCCCCUUCGCUCAAGAACACGGCCACAGGCAUGGUAGCCAUGAUCGUCGCGCUCGGGUUCUACCUUAGCACGGCGCUCAUCGGCAUCGUCCGGCGCGCCACGGCGUGGCUGCCGGACAACAUGAAUGCGUCCAGGCUGGAGAACCUCUACUGGCUGCUCGCCGUCCUGGUGUCUCUCAACUUCGGCUACUACAUGUUGUGUGCCAGGUUGUACAAGUACCAGAACGUCGGCAAGAAAGUAACUGAAGUCUGA